CUUAGUGUAUUGUUACAUGUUUAGCUUUCCGUUUUUCGAUUGGUCGUGAGUCGUGACUCGUGAUGUUAUCAUACGAACGGUUCGUACUGUUGUGACCAGUGAUAAUAAAUUGUGAAACAAGUGCUGACUGUUAUUUUGGAAUAAUUUAUAAGCCUUAUUAUUUUGAAAAAAAAAUAUAAACUAUGUAAAUGUUAAAUAAAAUGGAACAUCUAGUUUUACAUGGUUGAUUAAUGCAGAAUCAAAGUUCAGCGUUGGUGCUUUUUAUUUCGAUGCCCUCGGAACGUUUUAGUUGCAUGAAUUGAAGUAAGCGAGGACCGCGUUUUGAUAAUAAAUUUGUUCGAUAUGGCUUCUCCAGGCGCUGCUAAUACAAGACUAAAUAUCUAUACUACUACACCAACCCAAGUAAGCAUGCCGAGUCCAGAUUUUGGUUUGUCCCCAACUUUUGAUAUGGCUAGUACCAGUUGUGGAGAUUCUUCGUCAGAUGCACACUCGCCGGAUUUACCAAAGGCUAAAGCGAGUGAUAGAGAAUGUCGUAUUAUUGCAGAAAAACACCGUAGAAGUCAAUUCAAUUCAGAAAUUGCACAAAUGAUGACUCUUCUUUCUGAUAUUGUGCACUCCCAGAGAAAGGUUGACAAAACUAGUGUUCUUAGAUUAGCCGCUAACAAGCUUCGUAACGAACAUGUAUUUGGUGAUACUAUAAAAUGUUGUCAUUUAGAAACUUGGUCAAAUGCAAUCAUGAAGUUUUUUGACAUUAUUGGAGGAUUUAUGAUCGCAGUGACAUGUCGAGGUCGCAUUUUUAACGUGUCGCCAAAUGUUCAAGAAAAAUUAGGUUAUUGUCAUGUUGAUCUGCUCGGUCAAGAUAUUUACAAUUAUGUUCACAAUGAAGAUAAAGAAAUUUUACGAAAACAUAUUUAUCCAACUGAAUUACAGACUGGUUGUGAUUCAAAAAUGUUUGAGCAACACCAUAAUUUCUGUGUAAGACUACUGCGUGCUGGUGCAAGAGCUGAUCCGCCAAAAUAUGAACGCUGUCGUAUUGACGGUAUGCUACGUAAGUCAGAUAAAGCUACGUCUAAUGGAGUUGAAGAUGAAAAAACAAUAAGAAGGCAAAGAGUCCGACAUCAGAGAACAUUCUCAUCAAGUGGCAAUGAUUUUGUAUUUAUUGGUAUGGUUCAUCCUAUUACGAAUCCAUUGCCAGUAAAGAUUUUACCACCAACAGCUUAUUCAGAGUACUGGACCAGGCAUCUUGUUGAUGGCAGAAUUGUCCAAUGUGAUCAAAGCAUUUCACUGGCAGCUGGAUAUAUGACAGAAGAAGUUACAGGAACCUCUGCUUUUGUUUUUAUGCAUAAAGAAGAUGUCCGCUGGGUUAUUUGUGUGUUACGUCAAAUGUAUGAUGAUAGCAAAGAAUUUGGUGAGUCUUACUAUAGAUUAAUGUCUAGGUCAGGUCAUUUCAUCUAUAUGCGAACGAGAGGUUUCCUUGAAAUAGACAAAGCUACUAAAAAAGUUCAAAGCUUUGUAUGUGUAAAUAGUGUUAUAGGAGAAGAAUAUGGUCGUAAGAUGAUGGAAGAUAUGAAACGAAAAUAUUCAGUAAUGGUAGAUGUUGACAGUAACCAAAGUGACAGGGCAAUCACACAAGAUGAGGCUCCAGUAGAGGAUCCUAAACAUUUAGAGCAAAUUGUAAUGCAUUUGGUUGAACCAGCUGCUAGUGAUAAUUUGGAUGAGUUAAAAUUGGUAGCACCUUCUAAAGAGAAUAUUAUUUCUGCUAUUAAAAAUAGUGAAAGGGUUGUUCAUGAAACUGGUGUUAGGUUUGAUACCAGGAAAAGAAAAAAUUCUGAUUGUGAAGAUAGCAUAGAAAACCUAAAAAGGCAAAUUUGCUUAUCAGAUAAUUGAACAAAAAAAAUGCUAUUUAAUGUGUGUUCCUUUGACCAUGGAUAUUAAUGUCAGGUUAAAUAUUUCUUAUACAUGUAAGUAUGUAUUUAUAUAUAAGAAAUUCUACCAAUUGUGUCCAUCCAAAAAAGGUAUGCCUGUAUACUAUUUUCAAAAAUAAUACAAAACAAAAAUGUAUGUAUGCAAAAGUAAAUAUUUUUCUCCCUGGGCAGUAUAUUUAAGAGGUGCACUGAUAAUUUACUUUUUUACUAAAAAAAUAUCUUUGUGCCAAAUAUUAUGUUAUAUAUAGAUUGAUAUUAUAUAAAACGAAUGGAAUGAAAUAAUUAAAAUAUUUGAAAUUAAUUGAAAUAUUGGGCUAUAUGAACUGUACCUUGCCGUUUUUUUAAAGAUUUGUUUUUUUUAUUGAUAUCGCUCUGUAGUGGUUUUAAAGAAGCAUUUUAGAAUUGGUAAAUAAGAGAAACAGUGGCGAAUUUAAAAUGGCAGGGUUAUCUAAGGAAAGCCUGUUAACAAGUGACAAUACUUGUUUUAGCCAAAACAAGUUGUGUGAAAAAAUCAGGGUAAAAAAUAAUGGUAAAGGUAGGUGAAAUGAUAAAAAAUAUAUCAAGUAAGUGCCAUGGAACAUGUUUAGACUUUCCUUUUUUUCUAAGCCUUUUAAUUUAAUUUAUAGAGUGCAUUUUUAAUUGGGAGCAAUUUACAGCAUUGCUAUUACUAGAGGCUUUUGAUUGUGUAUUGUUAUAAUGAUCAUAUAAUCCACAUUAUGGUUUGAUAGUUGCACAAAGAAAAUUAACUAAUAUAUUAAAUCUUAGUCAAUAAUAUUAAACAUCUUACAGGUUCAUUGAAAAAAAAUAUAAUUACAAAAAAUCAGUACAAAACUGUUACAUUUAAUAUAUUAUUAGUUCCAGUGUUUUGCUGAUACAUAUCCAUACCAUCAGGCACCAUAAUUGGACAGCUAAGUUAUAUAAUAAGUAGUUAUUUUAAUGUGUUUAAAAGAUCUGAGUGGUAUAUUGAUAAUGUGUAAAUAAUUUCAUCUUGUUAAGGUGCUCAAUAUUACAUUCUUAUUUUGUCAAUGAAAUAAAAUAGACUCCCAUGCAUAAUUAACAGAAUUUUUGAAGCAAUUUUAUUUAAUGACUAUGAUUAUGUUUAGGUGUAAACUAAUAUUGUUAUCGGAAUGUGUCCAAUUAUCGAUUGAUAUUUAGUAAUGUAAAUAUAAUUUAGAAUAUAUACAAUUAUUAAAAUAUAAGAAUACAUUGACUGAAUGUUUAUUCAAUUAUACUAUUAUGAAUGUUUAUUAAAAUAUAAAAAUUUUGGUGUUUUGCUUAAUUAGGAUUACAUUGUUUUUAUUACAUUUUACCUAGCUCAAUAGGUAUUUAAUGUAUUUGAGUGUUUGUAGCUUUGUAUCCUGAAGGAGUGACUGUUAACUGUGAAUUUUGUUUGGCAAGUAGUUACAUUUCGGAUAUUAUUAUAUUAUUUUGUUAAAUUUGAUGUGCAAUACAUAUAAAUAUAAAUAAAAAUCAGUUUUCAUGUUGUUUAAGAAUUCAAUGGCUUAAUAAAACCUAUUUUAUGCAUGCACUUUUGAAAUCGUAUCGAACCUUUAGAUGAAAAUAUUUGAAAUUUUUUAUAUGAUUUUUCUUUUCAAACAGCUGUGUGCCUCUAUAAUUGGGCAAACUAUAAGUUCAAAGUUACAACUCCCAUGUAAAUAAGUAUAAUUUAAUUGAAUAUAUGUAUUAUACAAUUCAAUAGUUUAGUAUAUUAAUUGUUGAUGGGUUUGGCACUAUAAAAAAAAGCUUGAGAAAAGCUUAAAAAUAAUUAUGGUUCUUUUUUAGUAAAUUUUUUGUGCCAUGAUGAAUAAAAAUCUUUCAAAAGUAACAUGGUUCAAUGUUUGUUACUAAAUUUUUUUGCCAUUAUCAGGUUUAAGAUAUAUUUUUUUUAUAUUUAGAGGGUUGUCACAUAUGGUAGGUUAGUAUUUUUAUUGUUCUUUUACAUACAAUGAUGGAAUUGAAAUAUUAAAAAAGUAGCUAUUCUAAAUAUGUAUUAUAUAUCCAGGUACAUAAUAUAAUUAGAAUGAUUGGUUUGCUCAAAUUAACGCUUUAUGUUGCCAUACUGUGUUAUAUUGAAUUCAUUAGUUUCAUUUUUAUGUGGCAACCUUGUUAUAUUGUGUUAGCAUCUUAGCAAUUAGCUUAGGGUUGUGAUGGUUUGUCCCAUGAUAUUUCGGCCUAUUUGUUCUAUGUUUUACGUAAUUGUAGCUUAUAUUUACUAAGAGUUACCAUUUCAUAUUCAUCGACAUUAAAGCCUUUCAGUUGAACAAACUUUUUUAUAAAGACAGUUUUUAAGAAUAACAUACAAUAUUGUAUUAAAAUUCAAUUUCUAAACAUAUAAGACUAAAAAACAAUGAAAUCCGCUAAUACAUAUUUAUAAAUAUUCAGUUCAAUGCAAGGGUUAACCAUUUGUUUUUUUAAAUUAUAUUUUUGUAUAACUAUUAAUGUAUGUAAAUGUCAAUGCCUACACCCCACGAGAUAUUAAGAAUGUUAGACGUAAGGACUUAGUCAAUAAUUUGCGACCAAAAUUAUUAUAUUUUACAUGGAUAUUAUUCGAUGUACUAUUAUUGUACUGGAUGUAAUAAAAGUUUAAAAAUA